AUGACUGACGAUGGUAGCGCACAAACUUCAAAAAGCAACCAAAAUCAACAUAAGGACCGCUUCAAGUUUAUUGUAAAUGAUAAAAGUAUUUUGGGACCUCAAUGGUUAAGUCUUUACCAGACAGAUGGGAAAGUGACAUUCGCCAAAUCCCAUUUUGAGCAAGCAAUGAUGAACGUCAUUAGGGAACCAAAUAUCAACUCCACCGUUAUAUUAAGAGCCGAUAUUUUGAAAGAAAUCAACCAUGCUUCAGAAGCUGGACCUGAACUGAAUUUUGAUGAAGCCGUAUUGAAAAAGUUUGAAAUUGAAAACAGCAAUGGCAGCGAUGAGGAGGAUGUCAAAAAGAUAAACAUUGAAGAUUUAAACAUAAGGGCAUGCGAAACCUCUGAAGACCUAAAAUUGUCGCCCGUUCAUGAAUUUGUGAGAAGGAUUAUUCCAAGAAAUUUCUAUAAGGAUGCUAUUAUAAACCAAACGUGUUUAAUCCUGAACAGUAAGGACCCCGCUUUUCAGGAAACCUCGUUGAUCAUAUAUACGCCACACAUCAACUCUGAAAGUGAUUGUCCCUUUUAUAUCCCAAGAACACAAAGUGUAGGCAUUUUGCUACAUCAAUCGAUUCUUUCUGUACAUUAUAUCCGCUUUCCCGAGGAUGACAUUACCUUUACGGAUGAAUCCGAGCGUGUUGUAAGAACCGCUUACAGGCUAUUGAAAACUGCUAAUAAACACUCAAAGGGUGUCAUGCAGGGCUAUGAGAAAAAAGUCAACCACGAUCAAGUGGUAAAUAAAGUCAAUUUCCAAAAUACUUAUAUUGUGCUGAAGAAAAAAUACUCCAAGUUUUUGGUGGAAAAUUGGGCGGAAUCCACCGACCCAAAAAAACACGUAUUUGAAGAUAUAGCUAUUGCCGCUUUCUUGAUUGAAUUAUGGAUCAAAGUGUACGGUUCAGAUUUCCGUUCCAAGAUGCAGUUUAGAGAUUUGGGAUGUGGUAAUGGUGCUCUUUGUUACAUUUUGCUAAGUGAAAAUAUAAAAGGACUAGGUAUAGAUGCAAGAAAACGUAAAUCUUGGUCUAUUUACCCAUCCCGAGUUCAAUCAUCGUUAAAGGAGCAAGUUAUAAUACCCUCUAUUCUUUUGAGGCCUCAUCCUGCUUUGAAAAGGCAAGUACCCCAUUUAGAACACAAUGGAAGAUUUUUCCCAGUAAAGGUCACACACGAGGUAAUUGCCCCGGCAACGGUUGUGUAUUCAAGCGAAGACCUACUAAAGUCUCCGCAGGUUAACACCGCAGAGUUUCCUCCGAAUACCUUCAUCAUAGGUAACCAUUCUGAUGAGUUGACUUGCUGGAUUCCAUUGCUGGGUCAUCCAUAUAUGGUUAUACCUUGUUGCUCUCAUAACUUCUCUGGCCAAAGGAUCCGCUUUAAUGUGAGGAAGCGUUCAUCGAGGUCGAAUGAAGUCAAGAACCAGAAUAAUAGCAAAAGCGCUUAUUCUGGUUUAGUGGACCACGUUGAAUAUAUCUCCUCUCGUGUAGGUUGGAAGGUAGAGAAAGAGAUGUUAAGAAUACCAAGCACUAGAAAUGCUGCUAUCAUAGGCGUGGAAAACGAGAACUCGAAGCAUUUUCCAACCCAAGCAGUGUAUGAUAUGAUUUGGGAAGAUGGAGGAGCUGAAGGUUGGAUUCAAAACACAAUGACUCUAUUGAAAAGAAAUCCAAGAAACCAUUAA